CACCUGCUAGUCUUGACCCCAUAAAAUAGAGACAAAGAUUUUAUUCUUAGAGGAGCAGUCGCAGAGUAGAAAUCUCGUGCAGCAGACUUGAAAUGGCAGCUAUCCGUCGACAAAUCCCCUAUACACCAAAAGCCCCUGUCAGACAGGGAAUAUACAGCCAGUCAGUGGUUGUGGACAGAACGAUGUACAUCUCAGGUCAGCUGGGACUGGAUGUGGCUUCUGGUCAGCUGGUAGACGGAGGAGUGCAGGCCCAAGCCAAACAGGCUCUCAUCAAUAUGGGGGAGAUCCUUAAAGCUGCUGGCUGUGACUACACCAAUGUGGUGAAGACGACAGUGCUGCUUGCUGAUAUCAAAGAUUUUAACAGCGUCAACGAUGUCUACAAAACAUUUUUCACCAGUAACUUCCCUGCCAGAGCUGCAUACCAAGUCGCUGCUCUUCCCAGAGGUGGUCUGGUGGAAAUUGAGGCAGUUGCUGUUCUUGGUCCUCUCUCGGACUCCUGACUAGCUGGCCACCUCCCGAACAAACUGUAGUCACGUAACCAUUAAAUGACCUUAAUAGUUGUA